AUUUACUUCCCAUGGUCAAGAUCAUCGCCUCCGCCAGCGUUUUGGCCGCUGUCGCCAUUGCCGGCACCGUCAACGAGAUCCCCGCCGACAUGCGCGCGCUCAUGGACACGAACGCGAACCCGUGCGAUGACUUUUAUCAGUACGCGUGCGGUGGGUGGUACAAGCAAGCCGUAAUUCCGGCGGACCGAGCCAAGAUCGACACGUCAUUCAGCGUCCUUGGCGACAAGAAUGACGCGGUCAUUCGCCAGAUCCUCGGCGCGGGCUACCCCAAGGUGUCGGAGUACUACAAGUCGUGCCUCGACACGCGGACGCUGACGACCAAGGGCCUCGCGCCCAUCUCGGAUGACCUCCAGAGCAUCAAGACGGCCACUUCGGUGGCUGGCUUGCUCCAAGUUGCGGCCAACCUGAGCAAGAAGGGUGUCUAUGCCUUCACCCAGCCUGAGGUGGCCCCGGAUUCGCAAGAUGCGACGGCCAACGUGCUCUACUCGGCCCAAGCGCCGUCGACGCUGACGCGUCAGCUGUACGUCAACCCGCAGGAAUGGCGCGUGGUCCAGCCCGCGUACAAGCAGUACAUCACGUCGGUCUUUACACUUGCGGGCAAGACAGCGGCCCAGGCCACGGCUGCGGCCAAGACGAUCAUCGACUUUGAGCUCCAGCUUGCUGGUGUCCAGCUCUCGAAGCUUGAGAUGCUCGAGGCCACGACGGCCAACUACAACGCGCUCACGUAUUGUGAUGCGGCGGCCAAGUACCCGCUCACGGUCGGCGCGCAACUCCAGGCCUACGGCUUUCCCAUCACGAGCUGCAAGGACCAAAAAAUCGUUCUCAACGACCUCGACUUCUUUGACCGUGUCGAGGCGCUCGUCGGCCGCCAGUCGCUCUCGGCGCUCAAGACGAUCUUCGAGUUCAAGGUCCUCCACACCUAUGCGCCGUCGCUCGCACCAGCCUUUGGGACCGCGCGCUGGAAGCUUUUUGGCAAGCUCAUUGGUGGUGAAAGCGUCGAGCAGAGCCGCGAGAAGAAGUGCACGGCCGACAUCCAAGAGAAGCUCGGCGACCUUGUGUCCGACUACUUUGUCAAGGCGACGUUCGACGCCAACUCGGCCGCCCGCGCCGAGGAGCUGGUCCAGGCGCUCCAGACGUCGUUCCAGCAAGGCAUUGUGACCGCGUCGUGGCUCGACGACGAGACGCGCGACAAGGCGACCUCGAAGCUCUCGAAAUUUGUGCAUUUGAUUGGUGCGCCAACGUCGCCGCAGACGUACCCGAGUUUGAGCUUGAGCGCGACCGAGUACAUUGCCAACAUCAACAAGAUCACGACGUUCGAGACCGACGCCAACUUGAAGCUCAUUGGCACCAAGGUCGACCGCACCAAGUGGGGCUCGCCCGCGGCCGAGGUCAACGCGUAUUACAACCCUUCCGUCAACUCGAUCACGUUUCCCGCUGGCAUUCUCCAGUCGCCUUUCUUCUCGGGCAAGUUUGACCCCGCGCGUAACUUUGGCGGCAUCGGCAUGGUCAUUGGCCACGAGAUCACGCACGGUUUCGACAACUCGGGCCGCAAGUACGACGGCGACGGCAACGUGGCCGAAUGGUGGAGCGACGAGACGUCGCUUGCGUUCAACAAGAAGGCCAAGUGCAUCAUGGACCAGUACAGCGCCUUUGACGUGCGCAGCGAAACGUCCGGCAGCUCGCUCGGCAACGUGAACGGCCGCUUGACGCUCGGCGAGACGAUUGCCGACAACGGCGGCCUCAAGACAGCGUUCCGCGCCUUCCACAACUACACGGAGACGGUCUCGCCCUCGGUGUACACCAAGGAGGUUGGCGACAAGGUCUUCUUCCUCUCGUUUGCGCAGAACUGGUGCUCGAAAAACUCGGACGCGUACCUCAAAAUACUGCUCGAAGACGAGCAUCCCCCCAGCAAGUUCCGCAUCUACGGCGCCGUCCAGAACAACGACGCGUUCGCCAAGACGUUCAACUGCCCUCUCAACUCCAAGAUGAACCCGACCAACAAGUGCUACCUCUGGGAGUAACUUCGAAAUUAGCAUAUUCUUAACGUCUAAUCUCUAAUCUCGUUGAUCGUGA